AUGAAUUAUCUUGCACCAACAAACGGUCGGUAUCAAGGGAAGAAACAGCUAACUACAUGGCAAAAGAUUAUGGAAAUCGGAGAAUUCUUAGGACAUAUAUGGGAUCUUUUUGUUGGUCUUCCACGGUUGAUAUUGGAGAAAUUUGGAAUAUCAUUAGAUUUCUGGUCAAUAAGUUCAGCAUUAUGUUCCAUGUGCUGUCUUUGUUCGUUUAUUGCUAUAGGAUCUUCCGUUGGAAUCGGAUUAGGUGUAGGACUUGGUGUCGGAUUGAGUUGUAAGAAAUCACGAGGUGCUGUUGCAAGCACAUCUAAUGUAACCGAUCCAGCAGCACUUAAUAAGGCAGCAAUCACUACUACUGUAGCUGGUAUAGCGACCGUCGCUGAUACAGCCGGUACAACAGUCUCUACUAUAUUAGCCAAUACAACGGCUUUUAAUUCUAGUACUGCUGGUUAA